ACUGCUGCCAACUCAUCGCAUUCAACAAAUCCGCACUUCGACUGCUUUAAAUAUACCGAUAAACUUAUCCUAACGCAAAUCCACACCCUUAUAUAACUAAACACUAAAUAAUUUCAAUUUGCAUCCUUUAAAAAUCCCCGGGACAAGUGAAAUAUCUUUUGGUUUCGUCAAGUUAUUCGUUCCUGUCAAAAUUGUCAUAACCUCAACAAACACCCCACCCACAGCGAACCCGCAACAAGGGUACAUUUUUGUAAAUAAUGAAAUUUUUAUUCUGGGGUUGGUUCGGUGUCUUCCUACUGCUCAAUUCCUCGGACGCCUCCACCGGUGACAGGUCCACGCAUUUCCGCAAUUGCAUGAGGAGAUGCGAGUUCGAGCGCUGCGAAAAUGGUGGUUCAGAUUUUGCUGCAAGGGAGAUUCAGCCAGUGCAUCUGUGGCUGAUGCAGUGGACCUGCACUGAUGAGUGCAAGUAUGAUUGCAUGUGGAGGACAGUUGAUGCUUAUAACAAAAGAAACUACAAAACUCCUCAGUUCUAUGGAAAAUGGCCAUUUAUAAGGAUAUUCGGCGUCCAAGAGCCUGCAUCCGUUUUAUUCUCCUUGUUCAACUUCUAUGCCAAUCUUCAGGGUAUUUUAAACUUCCGCAAGACUGUGCGACCUGAUGCACCUAUGUUCUGGUUCUGGCAUUUCUUUUGCAUAGUAUCGUUGAACGGUUGGUUUUGGUCCACGGUUUUCCAUGCCAGAGACUUUCCAAAUACAGAAUUCAUGGAUUACUCCUGCGCUUUCUCUAUGGUUUUAAUGAGCUGCUACUGCAUGAUCAUGCGUUUCAUGAAGGACUUCCCAAGAUUCCUGAAAAUCGCCGUAACAGUAUUCUUUAUAGCAUUUUACGCGAACCACGUCACGUACCUGAAACUUGGCAAGUUCGAUUACUUGUACAACAUGCAAGUGAAUAUUUUAGUCGGAACUUUCACGGCGAUUUUCUGGUUCGCUUGGGCCAUUUACAACCGUUUCCGUUUACCCUACGUCUGGAAGAUAGCCGCCUUCGUCUCAGUGGCCUGUGUGAGCACUCUGUUGGAGGUCCUCGAUUAUCCUCCUCUCUUUUAUAUCCUUGACUGUCACGCCCUUUGGCAUUUAAGUACCGUACCUCUGGUUUAUUUAUUCUAUAGUUUUAUUACCGAUGACUGCGUUUUUCUACGCAAGGAGCAAGCGGAAAGGCUGGACGUCGAAAAAGUAAAGAAACACAAUUAAUUGCUCACGACGUUGUCGCAAAUUGUUUCCGAAUUAGCUUCUUUUUGUUAAAUGUGUGUGAUUGUUUUUGCCGCAAAUCUCUGUUUACAUCCGUUUCUUCGCAUCGGAAGGAACUCUAAAAGAAAUUAUUUUAUUUUUGUUUCGGCAUAUCAAGAUAUAUACAUAUUAUAAAGGGCAAAGCCACGACAAAGAAAAAGACAGAUAAAU